AUGGCGGCGGCCGCGCGCAGGGACCCGGCUCAGGGAAGUGUGACUUUUGAGGACGUAGCCCUAUAUUUCUCCUGGGAGGAAUGGGAUCUCCUAGAUGAGGCUCAGAGAUGCCUGUACCAUGAUGUGAUGCUGGAGAACUUUGCACUCACAUCCUCACUAGGUUGUUGGCAUGGAGUGGAGGAUGAGGAUGCACCUUCUGAAGAGAGCAUUUCUAUAGGAGUGUCACAGAUUGGGACUCUCAAGGCAGUUUCAUCUUCCCAGAAGGCCCAGCCCUUUGAACUCCAUGGCCCAAUCUUGAGAAACAUUUUGUACUUGGCUGAGCACCAGGAAACAUAUCUUGGGGAAGAACCAUAUACAUGUAGGAAACAAUUCUGUUUAACUGCCAAUCUUCAACAGUUUCAGGGGCAGCACACUAGAGAGAUACCCUUCAGAAGUUAUGUGGACAGAGCCUCCUUUAUAAAGAACUGUACAGUCCACGUGUCAGGGAAGCCCUUUACCUGUGAGGAGACACAGAAGGACUUCUUAGCCAGCGUGGGAUUUCUCCAACAACAGGUCACUCACACUGGGAAGAAGCCGAACAAUGAGUGUGAGGCUGUCUUUCACAGUGGUGGAAGUCAUCACAACUGUGGAGAAUGCAAGAAAGCCUUCAGCUACACAGACACACUUGCUCAGGACCAGAGAGUUGUCACUAGAGAAGGAAUUUAUGAGUGUGGCAAAUGUGGAAAAGCCUGUACCCGAAGAUGUAACCUCAUUCAACACCAGAAAGUCCACACUGGAGAAAGACCUUACGAAUGCAGUGAAUGUGGAAAAUUCUUCACCUAUUAUUCCAGUUUCAUUAUACAUCGGAGAGUUCACACUGGAGAAAGGCCCUAUGAGUGCAAUGAAUGUGGGAAAUCCUUUAGCCAAAGCUACAGCCUCAAUAGCCAUAGGAAAGUUCACACUGGAGAGAAGCCUUAUGAGUGCAGGGAAUGUGGAAAAUCUUUCAGCCAAAGGUCCAACCUCAUUCAACAUCAGAGAGUUCACACUGGAGAAAGGCCUUAUGAGUGCAGUGAAUGUGGGAAGUCUUUUAGCCAAAACUUCAGUCUCAUUUACCACAGGAGAGUUCACACAGGAGAAAGGCCUCAUCAGUGCAGUGAAUGUGGGAAAUCCUUCAGCCGAAGCUCCAGCCUCAUUCACCACAGGAGACUUCACACUGGAGAAAGGCCUUAUGAGUGCAGUAAAUGUGGGAAAUCCUUUAAGCAAAGCUCCAGCUUCAGUUCACAUCGGAAAGUCCACACAGGGGAAAGGCCUUAUGAGUGUGGGGAAUGUGGAAAAUCCUUUAGCCAUAGCUCCAACCUCAAGAACCACUGGAGAGUUCACACUGGAGAAAGGCCUAUUGAGUGCAGUGAGUGUGGAAAGUCCUUUAGCUGCAAAUCUAACCUCGUUAAACACCUGAGAGUUCACACUGGAGAAAGGCCUUAUGAGUGUGGGGAAUGUGGAAAAUCCUUUAGCCAAAGCUCCAGCCUCAUUCAACAUCGGAGAGUUCACACUGGAAAGAGGCCUACUGAGUGCAGAGAAUGUGGGAAAUCCUUUAGCUCCAAAUCUGACCUCAUUCAACACCAGAGAAUCCACACUGGAGAGAAGCCCUAUAAGUGUAGUGAGUGUGGAAAAGCCUUCAGUCGCAGCUCAUCCCUCACUCAGCAUCAGAGGAUUCAUACUGGGAGAAACCCUGUCAGUGUAACAGAAGUGGGAAGACCCUUCCCGAGUGGGCAGUCCUCAGUCACCCUCCGAGAACUCCUUUUGGGGAAAGACUUCUUGAAUGUAACCACUGAGGAAAACCUUUUGCCAGAUAAAACAUCUACCGUGGCAUCUGAUCGGACACACCAAAGAGAAACCCCCCAAGUAUCUACGCUGUGAGAAAAUCUUCCAUCCCAGACCAUCAGUAGUCACGUAGAGAUGCAUUUUAGAGAUUGACUGAGCCCAGAGCCUUAUUCUGCAUCUGAGAAUUCAUCCGUGAGGGGGAGAGCAGUGUUUACUGUGCACGAAGUAGAACUCAGCUACAUGUUUCUCCUUAGUUUACACUGCAAUGUUAUCUCAGGAAUUUUUAUAAAAAGAAGGUGGGGAUGUAGAAGAGCAAAUGAAAUGAAAAACUUUUGAGACUUCUCUGUCCAGCUUACAGCACUUUGUCAUGGAUUCCUUAGUUUACUUGGGGCCAGGGAGAUGUUUCAGAGGCAGUGGGCCUUGACCCUGUAUGUGUCAUGUAUAUAUUCAUUGCUGUCCAAUGUCAGGAGGGUUAGACAGUUGAGGACAGGUUAUUAAAGUGAUAAAUAUACACAUAAGAACACAUUUUAUUGUACCAGUUAAGACUCUAAAGCUUACAUUUUUAGAAAACUGUUCUUUAUUUGGUUUUAAACACCAAACAGACUUUUUCAGACUUGUUCUUGAUCUGGUCUAUUUACUUAAUUUCUGUAGCUAUAUGGUAAACCUCAAAAUUGGGUAAAGUGAUUCCUCUGUAUUCUUAUUUAAAUUGAUUUAGCUUUCCUAAUUCUUUUGACAUUUAAA